AUGGCAGGCUUGAUGGACGUCGACCGCACUCGUAGUCGAAGGGAGAGGACGUUCGUCGGCAGCGAAUGCGCUGUCUGUGAAGAACCGCUCGAACACACCCUGCGCGGGGAGCGUGUCCUCCAAUUCUCUUGCACUCACGUCUCCCAUGAAGCCUGUUUCUACGAGUUCAUCCGUGAAUUCGAGGGCCAAUAUUGCCCUACCUGUGAUGCGCCGCUCGGACUGGAUACCAGUCGGGGAGGCAAUGUGCUCGACUUGGAAAAAUUGAGCAAUAUUGUGCGCUCAGUCGCCAGUGAUGCGGCCACCCAGCGGAGUGGGCUCACCACUCCGACUCCGUGGGAGCCUGCUCCGAACCGUGGACGCCCUCCAAGUGAUGCUGGAAGUCGACCGUACAACAACCGCGACAGUAGGGAUCUCUACAGCCGACGAGACAGCAGAGACACGACCAGUCAACGCGAACGCAUCGAGCGUCUGACCGUAGGAUCCCGCCAGCAACACUCCCGAAAUGGCAGUGCCGCCGGUUCCUCUGGUGAUUACCACGAUCCCAAUAACCCGGCGAACGGACGGCGACAUGACUACGACCUCCAGGCCAUGGAGUCUGACCUGAGCCCUCGCGGCUCCAUGAAGAACCCGAUCCCCGCACCUACCGUCACCAUCCGCAGCGAAUUCCCCACCAUGAACCGGUCCCGUCAGCAGCAAGCAUUGACGUGCCUGGUCACGGUAGAAGUUCCAGAAGGCUGGCGCCCCGAUACAGAUGACUUGCACAAUAGUACUGCCGGCGCAUCCCAGCCGCACGAUGAACCGUACACACCAAAGGUUUAUAACAGUGCGCAUGAAUCUCGAACCGCCUCAUCAAUUCCGUACGAACCCCAGGAAGUGUUGGACGAGGUUGCGGAGGAAUUGCGAAACCGAGUUGACAAUUGGCAUGGCCUGGAAUUCCAAAGGUUCGGAAAGCUUCGUCUGCAUGGCCACAUGCGCGUCGGCAAGGACCGUGAAUCAUGGCAGGAACUGGAAUGUUAUCUCUUCGGGGAGAUGUUAAUCUGCGUCAAGGAGAAGCGGAUCAAUGACCGGCACCAGUAUGAUGAUCAAUUGCCCAAACCUCGGACGCGGUGCACGCUCAAGGGUUCGAUUCUGAUCAAGAAACACCUCCGGAGUAUCGACGCUGCCACAGACGAACCUAUCCUCACAUUGAAUUUGUCCGUCAGCGAACUCCCUUGUUUCUUCCUUCGCUUCCAGAGCCGUAACCAGCUGGAGAUUUGGCGCCGCGCCCUCCUCGAUCUCCACCAGCUCGACACCCCGUCUCGCAACCCGGACUUCGAUCUGGACAACUCGGGAGAGGAGGAGGAUUACCGCGCAAGUAAGAUCAGACGACAGGCAUCCCUGAACUCGUCCUAUGGCGCAGCACGUUCCAACAACACCGCCAUCACCGACUACACCAAUGCGGGCGGAGACACCUUAUCCACUACCUCCCUUCAUAUUCCUCUUGACAUCGUGGUGGUCAUUCCGGUAUCCUCUUCCAUGCAGGGCCUGAAAAUUACACUCCUGCGCGACGCCCUCAAGUUCCUUGUGAACAACCUCGGACCCCGUGACCGAAUGGGGCUUGUUACUUUUGGCUCCAGUGGUGGUGGUGUUCCUCUUGUGGGUAUGACCACCAAGUCGUGGGGAGGAUGGCCGAAGAUUCUCAACUCCAUCCGGCCUGUGGGCCACAAGAGCCUCCGUGCCGAUGUGGUGGAAGGCGCCAACGUGGCCAUGGAUCUGCUGAUGCAGAGAAAAUCAUCGAACCCCCUCUCUACCAUACUCUUGAUCAGCGAUUCUUCCACCUCUGACCCGGAUAGCGUGGACUUUGUCGUCUCUCGUGCCGAAGCCGCCAAAGUCAGCAUCCACUCUUUCGGUCUCGGACUGACCCAUAAGCCGGAUACGAUGAUUGAGCUUUCCACCCGGACGAAGGGUUCCUAUCUCUAUGUGAAGGACUGGAUGAUGCUUCGUGAGUGCGUCGCUGGCUGUUUAGGAUCGCUGCAGACAACCUCCCACCAGAACGUCAAAUUGAAGCUCCGCCUUCCGGAGGGCUCGCCGGCCAAAUUUGUUAAAAUCAGCGGAGCCCUUCACACGACGAAGCGCGCCACUGGACGCGAUGCGGAGGCAGCUCUGGGCAACCUGCGUUUUGGAGACAAGCGCGAUAUCUUGGUCCAGCUUGUUAUCCAGCCCGACAACUCCGCGCAGGAGAGCGUGCCACAGGAUCCCUGGGAGAGCCUGGUGUCCGGUUUGGAGGCCCUUGGUGGUGGAUCUGAUGGCGAUGAGCAGCGGGUGGUCAGCGUCGAGGAAGUCCCUCUUAUCCAGGCUGAUCUGACGUACGGUGACCUUCUCCGUGACGGCCAUCUGACCCACUCGCCUCGUCCUUCGCUUCUGGCGAUUACCAUGCUCCCGCAGAACUCGAAGUCGAAGCAUUCUGGUCCGCCAGGCACACCGCCUAUCCCGCCUCACCCUUCGAUUGUCCAGCGUCGUAUGGAGCUGCUCACGUCCGACAUGCUGACCAGGGCUCUGACGCUGGUGACGCGGGGACAGCCUGACCGCGCGCAGCAUCUCCUGAUGGAGACCCGCAGUAUCCUCAAGGGGCUGGGUAAGGGUAGCCUUCCUCCUCUCCCUCCCGGUGCUCCCAAGCCUGCGGCUACUAGCGACGCGGGUAGUCGAGGCGGGACGCCGAUCUCGACGUCCCCGAAAUCGUCCACAUUCACGGAAAGCCACUCGUCCGCGGCUUCUGACACGGCGACAAUCACCCCUGUCGCUGCGGUCGAUGGCCAAACCAUCAACGCAUUGGAUGCUGACUUGGAAUCGGCCCUGGAGUGGAUCAACCAUCCUGCCGUCUUCAGCCGCGACUCGCGGAAAGCGGUACUCCAGGCCAUCGGUGUAAUUUCAUCUCAACGAGCCUACACCUUCCGGUCACCUGCCGAGGCCCACUGGGCGCAGCGGAUUGCGGGCGUCCGCCGCCUGACUGACCGGUCAAAGGAAUGGCGGGAAACUGGUGAUGACGCAUUAACUGAAGAAUAG